AGAAGAGGCAGGAAGCAGCGGCAGGUCCUCUCACUACACCUGACUUCUGCCUGCGGUGUGUGCUGAACAACGCCGGUCUGAACUCCACAAACAACCUGCUUUAACCCACCAGCGUUUUGAGUUUUAUCACCAAUGAAACAUGGAAGCCCGAGUUGCACCGUGGACCCGCUGAAUCCUGUUUUGUCUAGGGCAAUAACUUUAAAUCUCAAGUCUCCAGCCGGAUCUGCGACCUGUCAUCACCUCUGCCAGUGAGUGUGUGUGUCUGGGCACAGCAGCACUUCUGUCACUUUGUGCUUCCCGAGCCCCUUCAGCCGCCACAACAAACACCCGGGGACCACAGGCUGUAGAAUUAGAGUGAAGUAUGUGGUCAUCUGUUUCCCUGCCGGCUCUGCUGCUGGUUCUGGGAAUGACCUAUAAUGUAUGGAGUCUGAAUCCAGAUGACCCUAAUGUCUGCAGCCACUGGGAGAGCUACGCGGUGACUGUCCAGGAGUCCUACGCUCACCCGUUUGACCAGAUCUACUACACCAGAUGCACAGACAUCCUCAACUGGUUUAAAUGCACGAGGCACAGGAUAAGCUAUAAGACGGCUUACCGGCGGGGAGUAAGGACCAUGUAUAGGCGCCGUUCGCAGUGUUGCCCGGGGUAUUUUGAGAGUGGAGACUUGUGUGUUCCUCUGUGUACAGAGGAGUGUGUCCACGGUCGCUGUGUGUCUCCUGAUACAUGCCAGUGUGAGCCCGGAUGGGGAGGACUGGACUGCUCUAGUGGCUGUGAGAGUGACUACUGGGGACCUCAUUGCAGUAAUCGGUGCCAGUGCCAGAAUGGAGCUAAGUGUAACCCCAUCACAGGUGCCUGUGUUUGCACUGAUGGGUACCAGGGAUGGCGAUGUGAGGAGCUCUGUGAGCACGGCUACUACGGCAAGGCCUGCCAACUUCCCUGCCAGUGUCUCAACGGUGCCACCUGCAACCACGAAACAGGAGAGUGCAUCUGUGCACCGGGCUACUCGGGGGCUUUCUGUGGAGAGCGCUGCCCCUCUGGUAGUCACGGGCCUCAGUGUGAGCAACGCUGCCCCUGUCAGAACGGAGGAAUUUGCCACCACAUCACCGGAGACUGUUCCUGCCCCACUGGCUGGACGGGUUCAGUUUGUGCCCAGCCGUGCCCUCUUGGCAAGUACGGCAUCAACUGCAGCAAGGACUGUUCCUGUCGUAAUGGAGGACUCUGCGACCACGUCAUGGGGCAGUGCCAGUGCGCAGCAGGCUUCAGUGGACGCAGGUGCCAGGAUGACUGUCCUGUGGGCACCUUUGGGCCGCAGUGUAACCAGAGGUGUGAGUGUCAGAAUGGAGCCAAAUGUCACCACAUCAAUGGAGCCUGUCUGUGUGAAACAGGCUUUAAAGGCCCUAAUUGCCAAGAGAGAUUCUGUCCUCCGGGCCUCUACGGCCUCAUCUGUGACAAGUACUGUCCCUGUAAUACCACCAACACCGUGAGCUGCCACCCGCUUUCUGGUGAAUGCACCUGCUCUGCAGGAUGGACAGGGCUUUACUGUAAUGAGACCUGCUCUCCGGGUUACUUUGGAGAGGGAUGCAUGUCGCCUUGUAGCUGCACCAACGGUGCCGACUGCCAUCCUGUCAUAGGCACCUGUAUUUGUGCCCCUGGGUUCAUGGGUGAGGACUGUGCUACAAUUUGUCCAUCGGGUCUCUAUGGACCGAGCUGCAUGUCCACCUGCUCCUGCCACAACCAUGCCUCCUGCUCUCCAUUCGACGGCUCCUGUAUUUGCAGGGAAGGCUGGCAGGGCGUGGACUGCUCCAUCCUCUGUUCCAGCGGUACGUGGGGUCUGGGCUGUAAUCAGACAUGCUUAUGUGCCAAUAGAGCUGCAUGUGACCCUAUAGAUGGCACCUGCACAUGUUCACCUGGGUGGAUGGGACUGCGCUGCGGCGAGUCCUGCCCUGAUGGCACCUACGGGUUGGAGUGUCGUGAGCGCUGUGACUGCAGCCAUGCUGACGGCUGUGAUCCAGUGAGUGGAUACUGUCGCUGCUAUCCCGGCUGGACAGGAAUCCACUGUGAUAAUGUGUGCUCACAAGGCUUCUGGGGACCCAACUGUUCAGUCAGCUGUUCCUGUCAGAAUGGAGGAUCCUGCUCUCCAGAGGACGGGACAUGUGUCUGCGCACCUGGAUACAGGGGGACAUCCUGCAAAAGAAUCUGCUCUCCGGGGUUUUACGGACACCGCUGCAGCCAGUCCUGUCCGCAGUGUAUGCACAGCACCGGGCCCUGCCACCAUGUCACCGGACACUGUGAGUGCCUGUCUGGUUUCUCCGGUUCACUCUGCAAACAAGUUUGUCCAAGUGGCAGGUAUGGCAGGGCCUGUGCUGAGAUUUGCCUUUGUACCAACAACGGCACCUGCAACCCCAUCGAUGGCUCCUGCCAAUGCUUCCCUGGCUGGAUAGGAGAGGAUUGCUCUCAGGCCUGUCCCUCUGGGCACUGGGGCCCUGAUUGUCUCAACUCGUGUAACUGUCACAACGGAGCCCAGUGCAGUGCCUACGAUGGGGAGUGCAGGUGCAGCCCCGGUUGGACCGGACUCUACUGCACACAGCGCUGUCCUUCAGGGUUCUACGGCAGAGACUGUUCUGAAGUCUGUCGCUGCCAAAACGGUGCAGACUGCGACCACAUGACUGGCCAGUGUGCCUGCCGCACAGGCUUUAUUGGGACGAGCUGUGAGCAGAAGUGUCCUGCUGGUACAUUUGGAUAUGGCUGCCAGCAGCUGUGUGAGUGCCUUAACAAUGCUACCUGUGACUAUGUGACUGGGACGUGCUACUGCAGCCCUGGAUAUAAAGGCAUUCGCUGUGAUCAAGCAGCUCUGAUGAUGGAGGAGCUGAACCCGUACACUAAGAUUAGCCCAGCAAGAGGUUCAGAGCGCCAGUCUGCCGGAGCCGUUAUGGGCAUCAUCUUUCUGCUCCUCAUCAUCAUGUCCAUGCUUAGCCUGUUUGUGUGGUACAGGCAGAGGCAGAGGGAGAAAGGCCAUGAGAUCCAGCCCAGUGUGUCCUACACACAGGCAAUGCACAUCACCAACACAGACUAUUCCCUGUCUGAGUGUGGCAGUACGGUCGCGAUGAGGACCAGCGCUGCUGAGGUCAACCAGGCCCAGGGCAGCGGCAGCAGCAGUGGUCAGUGCUUCUCCAACCCCAGCUACCACACUGUGGCCCAGUGUAACGUGGUCUCUACCAUCUCCAGCAACCUGGACGGCACUCUGACCCUCAAACCGAGCACUUUAAAAAGUCGGAAUGGCGCAGAAUGGAGAGCCUACUGCAACCUCAAUGACCUCGAUGUUCAACAGGGGGAGACACAAACACAGAGAAGCUCCAAAAAAGAUUACAUCAAGAGCUCCAUGUGCAGCAACAGCUCCUGCUCUCUGAAUAGUGAGAAUCCAUACGCCACCAUUAGAGACCCACCAGGCCUGGCUUGCAAGCACACAGAGAGCAGCUAUGUGGAGAUGAAGUCCCCCUCCCACCGUGAAGUGCCCUUUGGAGGCACUGCCACCCUCCUGGGCAAUGCGGGCAGGAAUGUCUAUGAUGUUGAGCCAACAGUGAGUGUCCUGCAGGGACCAAAUGGCAUGGCCACCGGCUUUUCCCAGAGCCCCUAUGACCUCCCUCGCAGCAGCCACAUCCCCAGCCACUAUGACAUACUUCCCAUGCGUCACAGCCCCACACACACACCCCCGCCACCCCCAGAAAGCCCCAGCUCCCUGCUCUAGAGGGCAAGACCCCCUGCCCCAGAUCACAGGGAGCGGCAUUGUCAACCAACUUUCAACCAAGGGCCCUCCCUCUGUCUCCGAGUGUGUUCAAUUAGAUACUGAGAUGUUGAGAUGUUGAGAUGGAGGGACAGCCACAGCUCUUCUGGACCCUACGCUCUUUGGCUCCUUCACUCACGUUUUUUGGAGGGAGUGGAGGAAAGAGUGUCCCACACACCAGCGACCUUUCAGCCAUUUUAUUUUACUAUAGAACUGAUCACUCAAACUGCAGCCCGGCCUCUUUAUGGACCUCCUGAAGUGGAACAUGAUGGUUCCAAGCUGCGCAAAGGGCAGCGUACACGGAUUGGGCGGACAGAUUAUUUACAGGAAGAGAGAUAUCCUCACGCUCAUUUUUACCCCAUGAUGUAGGGUUACUAUUCAAGGGCAACCAAGUGUUUAUAAUGCCCCCUAAACAGAAGUGUUUUUCGCCACAGGAAGGAAGGUAUAUACUCACCUUGACCAUUUCCAAACAGAGAGAUUUACUACAUAUACACAUCAGAGUUUAUGAAGUGUCACUGUGUGCAGAAGCUGCAGAUCACAGUGCAGCUGACAUGGAGGGAUAAUGGUCUUCUGCUCUGAGGUUAGAAAGGUUCAGUCAGAAAACAAGAGGACUCUCUGUUAUAAAUGUUAAACACAGAAAUCCAGAAGAAAACUAAGUAUACAUAUACAAAAAUAUAUAACAUACAGUAAGUCUGAAGUUCGAGUCCCCCCCCCUCACUGAUGAAGUGGUCAGAUAUUGUGUUGUUUUUUAUGUGAAAGCAUUUUCUUCUUGCAAAUGUCUUAGUUUACAUUUUUUAAAUAUUGGGUGUUAAGAAGGGAUUGAUUUUACCUUUUCUGUUUUGUAUUUAUAAAGGUUUAUUUAUUAAUUUAUAUUAGUGAUGGUGACUUUUUAUCAAUGUGACACUAGAGUUAAAAAAAAAGAUGAGCAUGAUCAGAUAAUGGAUACCCACUGAUGUAGGUAACACACAAUUUAUCUUCUUGUGAGAUGAUCAAUGUCAUUUCGUGUGUGUUUUUGAAGUUAUUAAAAAUGUUCUUUCUCUCUCUGUCAGAUUGUAAAUUAAAUAUAAAGUUUCAGAUGACCAAUUCAAGACCCACGAUAUCCUGUGCAGUAUUUACAAAGGGAACCACUCUGUAUGUAAAAAAGUCAAUUUCUGAAAUAAUUUAUGUUUGUAUCAGGCAAAUUAACUUAUAUAUUAUUGAACUGAAUUUAUUCAUUCACUAUGUGAAUUCCAUUUCACCCCCAGUAGAAGCAAUAACAUGUCGACAAUCGAUGCCCAGGCUUUCAUUAGUGCUGGAUAUUAUGACAUCCUUGACCAGUGUGGUGACAGUGGAUCAUAUUUUACGUGACUGUUUUUCCUUCGAGGAACUUUUUUCCAAUUGCUGUCAUAUCAAUGCUGCUUGUUGUUUUGGUACUUAAGUUUCAAAUUAAAAACCUAUUCUGCCAUCAGACACCUUGUUGGGUCAGGUUCUCGUGUCACUGUUAGACAGGAUGUUGCAUUUGUUGCUGUGAAUAUUAAAAUGUCAGGAGUAUGAAUGUUGACAGGACUGAUGGAUAGAGGAUUGAACUCUAACAAAUUAGACAUUGUAUUUAAGUCUGCUCCUGGGUGACCAAACUGUUGCCAAGAGUCUACAAGUGAGGAAAAUCAUGGCUACCAAUUUUGUCAAUGUGCUCUCAAGUUUAAUAAGCUUUUUCCUAAAUGAAAGGCCUCACCGUGGAGUACAACUUGUGAA